AUGGCAUUGCUAAGUGUCUGUGGCUGGGAUGGAGAAUCUUCAGGUCAACCAGGAGAAGGCAAUAUUCAAUUAUUUCCAAAUUUCAUUUUUGGUGCUCCUCAUCUUCUUCCUUCUGCUGCCAAGCUUUCUUCUUCUGACCAUCGCAGCACUGGCCCCCCACCACCAGCACAUGGCACUACCACUCUUGCAUUUCUAUAUGCAGAUGGUGUUGCUGUUGCAACAGACUCACGCUCCUCUGCUGGAAACCUUGUCUGCAGCCCUAACAGCCGUAAAGCUUUUCUUAUCCACAGUCAUUUGCUAGCCACAACUUCUGGGAGUUCUGCUGAUUGCCAUUUCUUCAGAAGAGCCUUGGCCAAAGAGUGCAGGCUCUACCAGGUGAGGAAUGGGUACAUGCCAAGUGUCCGAGGAGCAGCAAAAAUGUUGAGCGUCAUGAUGAUGCCAUUCCGUGGAACUGAUAUCUGUGCUGCUGUUACUUUAUGUGGCUGGGAUAGAGAUGGCCCUUGCAUCUGUUAUGUAUAUAAUGAUGGAACCCGUCUCUGCUCAGAUAUCCUGUCAGUUGGAUCAGGCUCUCCAUAUGCCUACAGCAUUAUCGAUGAGGGGUACAAACCUGGAAUGCAAGAAGAAGAAGCCCGCCAGCUUGCUAGAAGAGCAGUGUGCCAUGCAGGCCGAAGAGAUGCCUAUUCUGGUGGAUUAGUGGAUGUGUACUGGGUGAGAGAAGGAGGCUGUGAAAUGGAUCCUAGAGAAGACUUGGCACAACUUUAUGAGCGUAUAGUAGAAGAAGAAAAGACAAUGAUAAAAACAGAGUGCAGCAAUUGUCCUCUCCUAAAUACUGAUUAA